AUGUUUCACUUAUACAGCAAGGCCUUUGAAGCUAAACCAGUGGCAACUGUCAUGCGUUGGGAGAUGAGGACACGGCCGUUCUUGCGCACUUCGGAGUUCUUGUGGCAAGAAGGACAUACUGCCCAUGCAUCAUCCGAAGAGGCCGAUGCCCAUGCAAGAGAAGUUCUUGAUGUCUACCUACAGCUAGCGCAGGAGGGGCAAGUGCAGCAGGCGGUGAAGGUGGUGGAGUCGGCGGUGGCCUUCGCCCUGCCGACCAUCCAGGGCGCUAGCCAGGAGGACCUCCAGGCAGCCAUGGACACGCCUAGCACCAAGCUGGCCUAUGCCGCCACACUGGCAGCCAGUCUGGGACUGGCGAACCAGGAGGACAUCAUCAUCCUCUUUAUCCAAGUCUUGGAAUCGGUGGCGGAGACCGCCGCCCGUCGCUUGCAAAGUGGGAAUUUUGAAGUGAACGUGAACUUCCAGCUACGAACGAGCUCGGAGCAGGAGGACGUGGCCACUGGCUUCGCGGAGAAGAUUGCAAAGCUGGGCGACGCAGGGUCAUCAGAGCAGCAAGUCUUCGCAGAGACGCUGGGCGCCAAUUUGGAG